UUCCCUUCUUUUCUUCUGUAGGGGCAUUUAUUUGAGUGACAAAAGUCCACUCUGAUCCAAGGCAGUGAAUUUUGACCGGCAGUGGACUUGACCUUGUUUUAUUUUGUGGUCGGCAAAAUAAGAGUGGAUCACACAUUUUUAGUGAAUUACUGCAGUGAACAAUGACUUCCAGGAGACCAAUGACUCGUUCUUUUUCUGCCAAUGGGAGGACAAGCAGUUUCAGUGAAGAGGACAGCAGCUCUUCAAAUGGCCGUCCUGAAACCCGCAAUAAUUACCUAUCAAAUGUGAGGCCUGAAAACAGGAGCACGUUGUGCACCGUCAUGGCUCAGCUCACAGAGGACAUACAGCCUUCUUUUGAGACUACGCUGAAGUCAAAGGCGGUGUCUGAAAACUGUAACGCUAAGUUCACCUGUGUUGUAACAGGUUAUCCGGUCCCUGAACUAAAAUGGUAUAAGGAUGAUAUGGAAAUGGACCGUUACUGUGGACUUCCAAAGUAUGAGAUCCGCAAAAAUGGAAAAAUUCACACUCUUCAUAUUUACAACUGCACACUGGAUGAUGCAGCUAUCUACCAGGUCUCAGCUAGCAAUAGCAAAGGCAUUGUCUCCUGUUCUGGGGUUUUGGAGGUCGGCACCAUGAGUGAGUUCAAGAUUCACCAGAGGUUCUUUGCCAAGUUGAAGCAGAAAGCGGAAAAGAAGAAAAAAGACUUGGAAGAGCACCCCAAGAAGGAGGACAAGAAAAAUAUUCAGAGAGAGGAACCAUUAGUUAAUCCGGAGCCUCCUCCAAGGAAACGCCCUGUUCCACCACCGGAGCCGGUCCAAGCAACCAAGGUGGAGCUCGGGGCUGCCAGAGAGGUCAAUGGAGUUAACUCUUCUGACGUCAAAGAAACAGCCCGUGUGGCACAUUUGGACAAUAGUCUGGAGAAGGACAUACCGGCCUCCGAGGAACUCUUGGCUAAAAAGAAACUAAAGAUCACCAACGGUGUCGAUGCUGGUGUUAAUACAACCACAAACGGCAGCGGGAGCAGAGUCCAGAUGAUGGGGAACGGAGGUGAAAACCACUAUGACGGAGGAAUUGGCUUGGCACAGUUUCUGUCAGAGACACUCCAAACCCAGGAAGAUGAAGAGAGCCAAACCACCCCACAAGUAGAACAACCACAAGAGAUGGACGUAUUAAUCACAAAUACUAGUAAAGAGAAAGAAGAACGUGAAAGAAUACAGACAGAAAAGGAUGAGCAUGAAAUGACAAAAGAAAAAGAAUAUUUUAUAGAAAGGGAGAAAGAGAAGGAGGAACGGUUGCAGGAAGGGUCCCAACCGGUAGAGCAGCCAAAACAUCACAGAAAAGCUCACAAGGAUCACGACCAUCAUAACAUCCAGGAAACCUUCUCGUCCAUGCUGCACACUGUCAAAGACUUCUUCUUUGGAAAGGGCAAAAGGGACUCUUUUGAACACAUUGAAAACAAAGAGAAAGAUCAUGACCAGCUCCCAAACUCAAUCCAGCCUAAAUCUCUACAAUCACAAGCAUCGCCUUCAUAUCGGCUGCACAGGAAGCCUCAGCCAGAGGUGGAAAAACCUCCUACGGAUCAAGUUGUACCUAAGCUAAAGGAACUUUCAGAGUGCGCAGAUAUAGACCAACAGUCGCAAAAGCUCAUGACUGCUCAUGAACAUGAGGUUGUACAAUCAUCAGCUCUUGAAUUACCGACCAAGAGCACAAAGGAGCCUACAAGACGGACUAUCAAGGUGGCUGAUGAACCGGUUGAGAACGUGAAGGUAUCAUUAGAGGAAGAGAUCAGAGUACCAGGUGAAGACCCGCCAUUGUCCGGCCUUCAUGUUUCCACUGAGGAGAAGACCAGCGUACCUGGCGUAACCCCACGCAAGCACAGGGAGAACAUGAAAACUCCACACAAAGAGGACCAAACUGAGAUUCAAACCCAGUACCACUUGAAGGUUGCAGAGCAAAACACGAAAGUGGUUUCAAGGGUGGAUAUGGUUCUCUCACCCAAACAAGAGCCAGAUUCUCUCAUAGCUUCACUGCAGCCUCAUCACCCCAGUGCAAGAGAAGAGUUUACAUUUGGCAAAGAACUGCAUGUCUUUCCGCAGAGCCAAACCUCUUUUGACAAAAGUUUCCCUCCAAAAUCCAACCUUUUAGAAGUUAGUCAGGCUCCCUCUCCCAGAGUUAUUUUAGCUAUGGAGGGUAGUGACCUGAUUCCCACAGAGCUUUUGCAGGGAGGAGGGACACAUGUUGAUGAGAUGGACAAAGAAGGUGGACCAGUCAAAGACGUAGACGACCCUCCUAAGAAAUUGCGUGUGAAAGAGAAAACUGAAGUGAAAUCAAACGAACUGCCCUGCUCAGAUAUAAAGAGACCUCAGGUGACUGAAUUAAUGCUGUGUUUGCUGAAAGAGACAAUUGAGACAAUGGAAAACCAAACACCUUAUCAGACACUUUCCCCUUUCUCUGAUACGGAGACAAGCAAUUCACAGAGAGAGAAGGUUGAGAAUACUUCAGUGACGCAGGAAACUAAUGUAGGGUUUCCCCGUACUGCCGCCCCAGAGAUGGGUGACCUAAAAAUGCGGCCUGAGAGUACUCAGCCUCUAGUGGAUGAAAGCAAAGCAGAGCGAAGCCACAGACUACUUCAAAGUUCAGAGUCAGGUUUUGGUAAGAGUGAGACAGGAGGCGAAAAUAAUGAUAAAAUAACUGAUGCUAUACUAAAAGAUGUAGAGAAUUCAGCCAACAUUCGGAAAAAACAAGAGCUUGUCGGAGAACUUAAUGAAGUAAAGGAUAAGGGUACAGAAAUGGAGACUGACAGGAAACCACCAGCAGAAGCCAACAAUGUGGAUGAAGAGCCAAAGAUCUUCAAAGUGGCACAAAACAAACUAGAUGAAACUAGUGUUGUGGAGAAAAAUAAGGUGCAUGAAAACCAUGAGAAACCGCAAAGUCCCCCAGAAAGAGUUGCACUUGCAUCUUUGUGUAUUGAGAACACAACAGAUUUCAAAGAACCUGUGUCAAAUGUAUGCUUAAAUGAAUACUUUGCUAUCCCAAAGAUUGAAAUUAUAAAACCUGAAGUUAAAAAAUUCACUCUUCCACUGACUGUAUUAGCGCUCAACAAGAUAGAAUCAGAGCCAGGUAUUUUAGAAAAACACAUAAAACCGCAAGCAAUAGCUGGUAAUGUUGUUGAUUCCUCGUUGCCCAAGCAGAAAGUUGUGCGUGGUGAUGAUAACCCUCCACCCAUGAAUAAAGCGGACAAACUUGAACAAUUGGAAAUCCAACCAGAAAUAGCUGAGCCAGAACAGACAAGCAUAAAAGCUAUUGAGCAACUCCCCCAAGUGAACCUCAGAUCCAUUCCCCAAAUAAAUGUUUCAUGCAGCGACGAUAAGGAGAAUCAUACAUUCAUAAACACCUGUGUUUCGGAUUCCCUACCAACCUUUGAAAGGCCAACUGUGCCAUUAGUUGUGGUGCCGCCAAUUUCUGUCACUUGUCACGAGAAUGAGAGUGAACUAAAGAAGCCCAGUCACAGUGAGUGGAUAGAAACUGAAACCUCAGUGUCAAUGCGUGGUACCGGUAGCGACAUGGCAGCCAAGUCAGAAAAACCUCGAGAAAACAUGGCAGAACAGAGUUUCACUGAGACCACUUCCUCUAUGCCAAAUGAAGCUGUGGGACCGCGGGUGAAUGACAAAGGACUGCCAAUCAGUAGAAAUACAGAGGACAAUAUUUCCCCUGAAAUACUCAAAGCAAAACCCUUAAAAGAGGGUAGGAUUGAGAAUUCUAUGACUUUCGAAGACUUCUUCAAAAGCAGGACCUCUGUAGAAAGACUCACACACAAACCCCCAACUCACCCAUCAUUGAGCCCCGGCAGUAUUCGCAAAUUUAUGACCAAGGCAGCUCAAGAUCUGGAAAUUGAUGCCGGGACAGGAGUCCCUGUCAUCACAGUGGAUGACCGCCAGAAUGAUAGGACGGACGAGGAUCUAAGUGGCGGAUCGACACCCACGUCAUCAACACCGACCUCAUCGCUGUCCUGUGAAAGCAGCCCAAGGCUUAAACGAAGGGACAGUCUAUCACUCAUACGCUCUGCCACGCCCGAAGAGUUGGCCUCGGGAGCCCGCCGCAAGAUCUUCAUCCCCAAACCUAAAGAGGAUGCAGACAUAGCUCCUGGAGGGCUGGAAGCGCAAAACAAGAAGGAGACCCCUUACAUGUCCCCCAGCCAGGCUCGCAGAGCAGCAUUGCUCCAAGCCCCUGUUGGACAAAAUACCCCACCAAUGGAGAGGCGCUCUCCGCUGAUGAGUCGCAAGAAGGCCACACUGGAGGUACCAAAGGUUGUAGAAGAGCCGCCGAAAGAUGAGCCGGUGAAGGCAGUAAAGGAAGAGAAAGUUGCUGAAAAGAAGUACGACCCUCUGAAAGCGCCACAGGUCAUCCGUAAGAUCAGAGGGGAGCCUUUCCCAGAUGCCUCUGGACACCUGAAGCUUUGGUGCCAGUUUUUCAACGUCAUUGCCGACUCCACCAUUAAAUGGCUCAGGGAUGAAGAGGAAAUUCUGGAGGUCAAACGAAGUGCAGGGGAUGAAACCCAGGUAGCCCUGGCUAUUGUCCUGGCCUCAAGCCACGACUGCGGCGUGUACGGCUGCACUAUAAACAAUGAGUAUGGCACAGACACCACCGACUUCCUUCUCAGCGUAGAUAUUCUGUCUGAUAUACUUCUCAGAGAGGAUUUGGAAGUUGGAGAAGAGAUAGAGAUGAUGCCGCUGAUGUUCACCAAAGGUCUCGCCAACUCGGGCAACUGGGGUGAUAAGUACUUUGGUCGCAUCAUGACCGAAAUGGCGAACAUUGGCGACGGUUGCGGCCAUAAAGCCAGCAGAGUAAAGGUCAUCUACGGUCUCAAUCCCGUCUUUGAGUCUGGAAGCACGUGUAUCAUUAAGGUUCAAAACCCCAUCGCCUACGGGACCAAGCAGGAGUGCAACCUUACGGACAGAAACAUGGAGAUUACAAAACAAGAAUGCAAAAUCCAGAACAUGAUCCGAGAAUAUUGUAAGAUCUUUGCAGCUGAAGCGAGAGCGAUUGAAAAUUUUGGCUCUUCCCUCGAAGUGAUUCCUCGGUACCUGAUGUACCGCCCCGCAAACUCAGUGCCGUACUGCACGGUGGAGGUUGACCUCAAGGGGGUGUUCCUCAGGUACUGCAUGACGGAUCCCAAAGGCCGACCGAUUGCGCAGACCGUCUCUGAGAUGGAGCAGAAAUGUUGCAGCUUGCAGCACUGGAUUCAUCAGUGGACACAUGGCAACUUACUGAUCACUCGCAUGGAAGGUGUUGAAAAUCAGAUUACAAAUGUUCGAGUCGUAACCAAGACUAAAGGAUACCAGGGCCUGACAGACGGCAGCUCCCCGGACGUCUUCGAGCAUUUCCUGACUGUCCACCAGUGCAACUACUACUGUGGACUUCUCGGCCUGCGCCCACUCAAGACGGCGGACAGCCUGCAGCAGUCCGCCAAGACCAAGAGCUCCAGGAGUCCCUUGCUGAACCGCAAGUUGACUCCCGGCUCCGGCAGCCCGCAGCUGCAGCGUAAAGGACUCAGCCCUCAGACGGCCCGAAAGGCUAACUCCAGCCCGAAGGUGCCGAGGAAGAUGGAAGGGAGCGAAGUCAAAAUUGUCGAAACCACUGAUGUGCUUGAAAUGAGGUAGGAAAGGGUUUUAGAUUGUUCUCUCUAGUUACAAGCCAGAAUGAACUAAGAAGUGAGUUUCUUGUCACGACUGUGAAUGACUAGACAUCUGUCUACCUGCCAGACAGUUGACUAGAUGAUAGAACAUUUACA